AUGUGGUCCAAACUCUUUGCGGCUGUACUUGCUGCCCUCUUCAUCCAGGGCGCUCAAGCCCAGGUCGUCGCUCCCACCGGCACCCUCGCCACCGUUCUUCCCGCAGCCACAGACCCCGCUUUUGGCGGCUUCAUCUCUGACGGUGGUGCCGGCGGCAACAUCAAUGGCAUGAACCUCUUGACGCUCUCAGACCCGUCUGUGGUCAACGCAGAUGGCUCGGUCGACUUUCCCUCUGCUCAUACCGGCUAUGCCGUCGUCGAUUCCACCAACCCCAGCCAGAUCACCAUCAUCGGGAACUUCAAGGGUUCUAGCCCCGACUUCUGGCACGGAACUCCUGACAACUCGGGCACCGGUGGGGGUGUCAUCAACGUCAUGGCCGAAGACGUCGACUGUAACAUGAACGCUGCCUGCUUCGCGCCCGCCCCCCACACCGCCGCAAUCCCCAUCCCCGGUAACAGCACCGGCGCCAUCAACAUCUGGCCCGUGCAUCCCAACGAGGGCAACUACGUGUACAACACUAUGUUCGAGAUGAACGUGUUCGCCGACGCGGACACGCUCAACUCCCAAGGCCAGCCGAUCCCCACCGUGCGCACCGUUCCGGUGCUGUUCAACGUUACGCAGGGCCAGUCUGGCUACGGCAGCCGCGCCAUCACGAGCGGGUAUGGCGAAGACGGGUAUGCCCACUUCUAUGCUUGGGAGGGUGACACCACCGGGCUCAAGGUUGCCCGUGUGCCCUGGUCGAGCCGCGAGGACAUCACGACGUGGGACUACUGGCACGGUGGCAACGGCGGCUGGGUCACCGGUCAGCCCCUGACCUACAACAGCGACGCGGGGGGCAAUGCGCUCAACCUCACGAACCAGAAUACCUUCUUCGGCUGUGACGUCCGCUAUGUCGACCGCUUCAACACGUUCAUCAUCACCUUCAGCGGUGGCCCCGACUUCAGCCAGUACAUUUCGUACUCGACCACCGGCGACAUCACCGGACCGUAUUCUGACCCGGCAGUCCUGUUCAACCCCGUGCUCAACGCUGGCUGCGCUGGCAAGGGUGGCCUCCAACUGACCGACUUCCCCCAGAUGCACUGGGAGUACUACGGCACCACCGCCGAUAAGACGCUCGUCAGCUGGGGCUCCUGCGACUAUUACACAGACAUGGCUGUCGUGCAGUGGUCGUAA